AGCACCCGAACCCCACACCCCCUGCAUCUGCAUUAUAUAAACACCAACUAGGAGCGCUUCUUAUACUCAGAGUCGGUAGCCAACAUCCAUCUUAAAGCUAGCUUGGGAUUGUAAUUCUUUGCUGAGGGCAUUAAUCAAUAUUUUUCAUGAUGGCUAGCUUUGUGAAUGUCUUUAAGUUGGUUUGCUUCGUGGCGGUAGUGUGCAUGGUGGUUGGUGCACCAAAGGGCUCAGAAGCAGCUAUAUCAUGUGGGCAGGUGGUGAGGUACCUAACCCCAUGCGUUUCUUAUUUAGCAAAUGGUGGGAGUGUGCCGGCUACGUGCUGCAGUGGGAUCAAGUCCCUCUACGGCCUGGCUCGCACCACAGCUGACCGUCAGGGCGUUUGCAAUUGUUUAAAGCAAGCUGUCAGCGGAGUUCCAUACACUCCUUACAAUCUUAAUCUCGCAGCUGGCCUUCCCAAGAAGUGUGGCGUCAAUAUUCCUUACAAGAUCAGCCCCUCUACAGAUUGCAAAAGCGUGAAGUGAUCUGCAGAUUGAUAGAGGCAUCGUAGAAAUCAAGUUGGGUCAGCGUGAGAAUAUAUAAAUAUCGGUGCCUUUGCUCACUGGGGGAUUUACAAGACUUGCUUAAUUUUCAUGUUUCUUUUUUUUUUUUUUUAUAUUGGAAAUUGGGAAGGAGGAUCGAACCCAACACUUCUUUUAUGAAAAUUGAGUCUCGUACCAUCUGAGCUACAUGCUCUUGACUAAUUUUCAUGUUUCUAUGUACUCGUAAUUUUGCAAAAUAUAUAUGGUUUAAAGAGAGCGGGUUUUUUUUU